GUAAAAAUAAGAAUUCUUUUUAUAACAUUUUGUCAAUAAAUUUAAGGCACUAUCGUGACUAAAUGCGACGCGAUUACAGGCAGGAAUUGAUUGAACUGCAAGAUAAUAAUGUGAUAAUAUAUGAAGCAAUUGAAAUUAAGAAACAUAAAAAAUUCAAUAAAGAAGAUGGAUUGAGGCUUUCAACAGCAUAGAACCCAUUUAAGACACGUGAUAAUUUGUUUAUACGCAGUGUUGGUACCGUGAGUGUGGUAGGUAGAGUAGAUCUAGACAAUAAUAGAGAUGAUGUAAGAAUGGUCGAAGAAACUUCGUGGGCUGACAGAAGACACCGUUUCAUGACCAUAUCGUGGUGCAAUCCACGUCAAGACAUCGGCACUAAAAACAGGUUGGCUAUGGAAUCACUUGGGCAACAUGCCGAUCAACAAUUUUCACAAUCUGCAAUACUUUCUCAACCGAUUACUAAUCCCAUACAGAGUUCGCUACUAUGGGAAGAAGAACCCUUUGCAAAAUAUGUUUGUCGCAUUUGUAAAAAGUCUUUUUACAAUGCAAAUGCUCUGCAAAACCAUACAAACAUGCAACAUGAUAACCACACGUCCAGUAGCGAGAAUGAACAGAACACCAUUCCGCGGCAAAGCGAUCAGGUGUAUAAUGAUCUCUGUGGAUUCAAGUUUAUACCAUUGAAAAAUGAUGAAGAGUCUGAUAAUAUAACAGUUCAAGAUGGCCUCCAGACACGUCUUUUUACUGAGGAUAUAACUUAUUUACUAGUAAAAAUCGAAGGGGAUGACACGAAUGUUAACUGUAUGAAAAGGUCCCGGUUUGGCGGCGUAACAAAACGACCUCAAAUUAAGCCAGGGAAACCUCCAGUAGACUUGAGGGGCCCUUUCACGUGCACAUUUCCAUCGACGCUACGCCCAGAUCUACAAUGCCGUCAAAUCUUUUUCAACUGUUGCGAUUAUUCUCUACACUACCGGGAGGAGCAUACGAAGCGCCGGAAAGCCGCUCUCCGCUGUCAAGUUUGCGAGAAGCCACUGGACAAGGAAAUUAAUUCAGAUACUUCCAUAGCAGCUCAAAUUCAAGCGGCUAUAACGUUUUUUUGUCAAACAUGUGGACAGACUUUCUUGAAUGGUACGGAUUAUGACGCACAUAAUCGCAUUGUACACCCGAAGAUGAAACCUCAUCAGUGUACUAUAUGUGCUAAGCGUUUCACUCAACAGGGUGGUCUCCAGCAACAUAUGCGGAUGCAUACAGGCAUUCGCCCGUUCGGUUGCACGUUUUGUCCGAAGGCGUUUACCCAAAAGGCAGGUCUGGAUCAGCAUCUACGGACUCAUACGAAAAUAAAGCCGUUCAAAUGUGUGAUUUGUAGCAAAUGCUUCUCUCAGUCGGUUCAUCUAAGGCAGCAUAUGCGUACGCACACAAACAUCCAACCAUUCGAGUGUUCAAUGUGUGGAAGGAGAUUUAAGCAGAGCAGUCACCUCAAUUUUCAUAUGAGAUCUCACGUAUGCGAUACGGACCAAUUUCUGGUGGAACAAUACGCGCAAGCUAUUCAGUAUCAAAAUCAUAUGGAGUUUCUGAAUUUAGCAAAUCUACAGCCGGUUCAGGAUGGCGAAACAUUGUACUACGCAGCGGAAUUAGCGGCUGGGCCAGCGCCGCAUCCAGCACAGCAUAGUCCUUUCUCUUACCAACCGCACACUGUACUCUCUGAUAACGUUCUUUCGUCGUGAGUUCAGUUCGUUUUACGCAUAUAUUAGUUUAUUAUUAGGUGUAGUAUAAGAAAACAAUUGGUAGAUCAAUUAGUAAAAUUUUAAAUAUACAUUUUUUGCACAACA